CGCUGCCCGUCCUGGUGCUGACCUCCACCGAGCGGGCGAGCCGGCGGGCGGCGGAGGCGAGGAUGGGCGCAGGGGCCAGUGCCGAGGAGAAGCACUCCCGUGAGCUGGAGAAGAAGCUGAAGGAGGACGCCGAGAAGGAUGCCAGGACCGUCAAGCUGCUGCUGCUGGGAGCAGGGGAGUCAGGGAAAAGCACCAUCGUCAAGCAGAUGAAGAUCAUCCACCAGGAUGGUUACUCACUGGAGGAGUGCUUGGAGUUCAUCGCCAUCAUCUACAGCAACACGCUGCAGUCCAUGCUGGCCAUCGUGCGUGCCAUGACCACGCUCAACAUUCAGUACGGUGACUCUGCCCGCCAGGAUGAUGCCCGCAAGCUGCUGCACCUCUCGGACACCAUUGAGGAGGGCACCAUGCCCAAGGAAAUGUCGGACAUCAUUGGGCGGCUCUGGAAGGAUGCAGGCAUCCAGGCCUGCUUUGACCGGGCCUCUGAGUACCAGCUCAACGACUCAGCAGGAUACUACCUGUCGGACCUGGAGCGCCUGGUGACCCCUGGCUACGUCCCCACCGAGCAGGACGUGCUGCGCUCCCGUGUCAAAACCACCGGCAUCAUCGAAACCCAGUUCUCCUUCAAGGACCUCAACUUCAGGAUGUUCGAUGUGGGAGGACAGCGCUCGGAGCGCAAGAAGUGGAUCCACUGCUUCGAGGGGGUGACGUGCAUCAUCUUCAUCGCGGCGCUCAGCGCCUACGACAUGGUGCUGGUGGAGGAUGAUGAAGUGAACCGCAUGCACGAGAGCCUGCACCUCUUCAACAGCAUCUGCAACCACCGUUACUUUGCCACCACCUCUAUUGUCCUCUUCCUCAACAAGAAGGACGUCUUCCUGGAGAAGAUCAAGAAGGCUCACCUCAGCAUCUGCUUCCCUGACUACGAUGGUCCCAACACCUAUGAUGAUGCUGGCAACUACAUCAAGCUGCAGUUCCUGGAGCUGAACAUGCGGCGGGACGUGAAGGAGAUCUACUCGCACAUGACUUGUGCCACUGAUACUGAGAACGUCAAGUUCGUCUUCGACGCCGUCACCGACAUCAUCAUCAAGGAGAACCUCAAGGACUGUGGGCUCUUCUGAGCCCCAGCCCCUACAGCCCCCAUCCCACUGGUGUCCCCUGCCCACCCUCUGCCACCGCUUCUGCUUGUUCCCAAACCCCAGCAAUGUGACCUGUGCAGCUCCAGAGCAUUCCACCAGCCAGCCCCCAACAUGCAUGCAUGCCUGGGUGCUGGUGGGCACUGGGUGACACCUGAGGUCCUGGGGCAUCCCUUGGUGCUGAGGGGUGCUGGAUCCCCCUGGGGACCACGGGAUGCCCAGGGAAUAGCACCAUCACAUCAUGAUGGCAUCCCCAGGUGAGUGCCAGCCUGCAAGGGACCCACCCACCUAUGGACACCCAGGGGGAGCUCUGAGCCCACAUGUCCCACUCCAUAUGCAAAGGGGGCCUCAGAUUGCUGCCAAGCCUCUCCUACUUUCCCUACCCCCUCCCUCCCCCCAGACACCCACAGAGAAGGAAAAAAGCAGCCACAUCACCCCCCACAUUGAUGCAGAAGGUGUGGAGGGGUCAUUCUUUUCUUUUUUUUUUUUUCCUUUCUACAUUUUAUUAUCUCAAAUCACGUGAACAAUUCGGAAAAACAUCCCGUGGGAAAAGCAGGAGCUGAGAGAGAGAGGGGGGAGGGAGGGCAGCUCCAUACAGCAGGGUCUGCCCCCCGGCACAGCUAGCCCUACCUGCUAGGCCCUAUUAGAGAGGGGCAGGGGGGCACCAGCCCUCUCCCCCCAGCCCGGCGCCAGACAAAGGGGACCC